AUGAAAAUACACACCGGUGAAAAACCUUUUUCGUGUAAUAUCUGUGAAUAUAGAUGUAUUACAAAAAGUCGUUUGCAAACACAUACGAAAAAACAUACCGGAGAAAAACCUUUUUCGUGUAAUAUCUGUGAACAUAGAUGUAUUACAAAAAGUAGUUUGCAAACACAUAUGAAAAUACAUACUGGAGAAAAACCUUUUUCGUGUAAUAUCUGUGAACAUAGAUUUAUUAGAAAAUGUGAUUUGCAAACCCAUAUAAAAAUACACACUGGUGAAAAACCUUUUUCGUGUAAUAUCUGUAAACAUAGAUUUAUUAGAAAAUGUGAUUUGCAAACCCAUAUGAAAAUACACACUGGUGUAAAACCUUUUUCGUGUAAUAUUUGUGAAUAUAGUUUUAUUACAAAAAGUCGUUUGCGAACACAUAUGAAAAUACAUACUGGAGAAAAACCUUUUUCGUGUAAUAUUUGUGACCAUAGAUUUAUUAGAAAAUGUGAUUUGCAAACCCAUAUGAAAAUACACACCGGUGAAAAACCUUUUUCAUGUAAUAUCUGUGAAUAUAGAUGUAUUAGAAAAAGUAAUUUGCAAACUCAUAUGAAAACACACACUAGAGCAUAA